UGCAUAUUCUGGAUGAGUUUAAGAUAUUUUCAUUCAAAUAGAUGGUAGUUUGCACUCUCUCAUCUCAGGGUCUGAGAGUAAAUGAACUAGCUAAUUUCUGAUAUGAUGAAGUAAAUGCAGAGAAUAGCUUGCUGUAAAUCAUGAAAAGAGAUUAUUAAAUAGAUGUUGACUAUGAUCUUUGUGAAACUCAAUAGAACACCAAAAAUUUCAGGAGUUUGUGAGAAGAGCUCUAAAUAAUAGAGAAAAUAAAAUCUUGAGAGAGAAGUCUGUGUCGUCUACUCAUCCUGAGAUGUCCGACAUAUUUCAGAAAUUGAGUAUGAUUUUGUACAAGCUUAAAGCCCUACUCUCUGCCAGCUUCCAGAGGCACCAUUCUUCAUUAUUACAAUAAAUAAGGUUGGGAGGAGAAUAAUGCUAAAUAAGAAGGUGGCAAGAGAAAGUGAAGAGUCUAGAAGAGAGGCUUUCACAGAUGAAAGACUAUAUUCAGAAGUGCAAGGAAGGUGCUCAGUCUGUUAAAAAGAAUAAGUAAAUCCUAGUCAAUUUGUUUCAAAAUAAUUUAAUCUGCAGAUAUCAAAAGAUUGUUGGACACUUGUAAAACUUUACUUGAGAGUACUGUACUCUCAGAAUUUUAUCCUAAUAUAUCUUAACUAUAAAAAUUUAAUCCAAACUCUGACUUCGCUUCUAAGGCUAUACCAAAAGUAUCGGGGAAGUUAAAACAAAGUUAGAGACCUAGCUGACGUCUGUCAAAAUAAAUCUGAGCUUCCACGAAGUGAGGAGUA